AUGGCCGAACCAAUAGAGCCACCAAGAGAGCUUAGUAAGAAGGACCUCACGAAGUUUGUUACUGAACAUAUCGACAAAUACGAACAAAUGUUAGACGACGAUGAAGUACUUUGGGCCACCUUUCAAGAGGACUUUGAAAGCUGGGACGAAGACCACUUUAUAACAGCAAACAAGUCCCAGGUCAUUAAGCUACGCAAGGUACUUCGUCGGAGAGGUGUAUGGAUUGAGAUGGACAGUAAAAAGGCACACAUGGCUACAGCUCUUGUCAAUACCCUCAAGGAGGUCGACCCAGUUGAAUGGACAGAGCAAGAGAUACUAGCUAUUAUAAAGAAUGGAGACACGAAUUCAACAAGGUUUGACCGUCGACACGAGACGAUGUACGACCCCUCUUUUCAAUACAGGGAUCCUCUUCAACCUCAAAGCACUCCUCCUGCUCAACUGCCUGCUCAACUUUCUACUCAAUUGCCUGCUCAACUGCCUACUCAAUUGCCAACUCAAAUCACCCCUCAAAGUACUACUCAAGGCAUUUCACAAGCAACUCAACUGUCUUCUCAACCUCAAGGCACCUCAAACCCUCCAGACCCUGCCCCUCUUGGGACUAAUACGGUACAACAACCGCAAGGCAUUCAAGCGUAUGGAACCCCGCCAGGAACAGCACAGCUAAAUCAACGUACGAACCUUCCUACCUCGUACCAGUUCCAGCAACCCCAGACGGACACAAACCCCUUCCAGACCCAGCAGCGUAGUACUAUACCCCCUUCACCUCCCCCACCACCUGUACCUCUAGUACCCCCCGCAUCUCCCGUACAACCAUGGCAGUCAACUCUUACCCAAUUGCAAGCAAAACCAGGGUAUGGACGAGAAUUGACGAACUUAGCGAAGACCUACACGGACGAUAUGAAGUACGGAGGCACUGGCGACAACUUUGGACUCAAAAACACAACUUUUUCGAGGGAAGAUUUUCUUCGAAAUUCAUCAAUCUCUUUACACCAAUCGAUAGCAGCUAGAAUUUCAACCACUACCCCCUCCUCCUAG